CAAUUUACAGUUUAGCAUUGAACUUGGUCGGGAGUUCGCGAAAAGAGCCGUGCGCUGCGUCGCCUUUGAUUCCUAUUUUUGAGGAGUUGUAUUUGCUGCUAAACAUGCUUUUUGCCGUGUGCUCCGCUUUUCUGUUCGCCUGCCUGAUUAAUGUCAGUGGUGGCGCCAGCCGCCCAUCUAAUUUUCCCGCCGAUCUACCGAUUUGCCGUUACGGCGACACCGAGUGCAUCAUCAAUGUGUCCCACAAGCUGGUGCGCCAAUAUGCGCGCACUGGCUACGCACCCGCUGCAUUCCCACAGGUGGAGCCGUUCCUGAUUAAGCGCUUUGAUAUUUCGGAUGGACGCAGCGGCUCGCUGAGUCUCAAGCUGAACUUCCGGGACGUGAAUGUGGAGGGUUUGUCCGGCGUCAAGUUCGACCGGGCCGUGGGCUUCGACAGGAAUCCAUCCACAAGUAAGUUUGAAAUGUACGGCGCGUUCUCGAAAAUUGUGCUGCGUGGCAAGUACCUGGCCGAUGGACGCAUUCUGAUUCUGCCCAUACGCGGCGAUGGCGAUGCUGACAUCACCCUGCACAAUCCCAAGUUCUCGGUCAAGUUCAAGCCGGCCACACAGGUCCGCAACGGACGCACCUUCCUCAGCGUGGACAAGCUUAAGGUCCUCGUGGAGCCACAGAAAAUGAACAUCAAGCUGACCAACCUCUUCAACGGUGACCAAGCGCUGGGCAACAAUUUGAACCAGUUCCUGAACGAGAACUGGGCCGAUGUCUGGAGCGAGCUGCAGCCGUCGGUGCAUGUCGCCAUUGCGGAUAUCAUGAAAAGUAUUCUCGCCACACUUUUCAAACGUUUCGCCUACGAGGACUUAUUUCUGGAGGAAAAACGUGUUAGUUGCUUCCACAAUUUCACUUCAGUCAGUUUUAUGCUUUAUUGCACCGGGAAAAUGACGCAAAUUAUUUUGAGCAUCGUCGUUUGUUUUGUGCUUGGUGUGCGAGCCGAUUUUCCCGCUGAUCCGAAGCCAUGUAAAUAUGGCGAUUCGGACUGUAUUGUAAAGGUGAUGAACGACUUGAUCAGUCAUAAGGCGACGCAGGGCGAUCAAGCUUUUAAUUUGGUCAAGCUCGAUCCACUGCCGGUGACUAAAAUGAACAUCAAACAGGGAGCCGAAAGUCCAGUUAACAUUGACUUAUCAUUUACGGAUAACAACAUUUACGGCAUUAGCUCCAUGAAGUUCCGCAAAGUCAAGGGCUUUGGGAAAAGCAUUGACAAAAAACACGAACUGUUGUUGAAUGCAGGCAAGCUGAGCCUUGUUGGACCCUACAAAAUCAAGGGCAAGGUCCUAAUACUCCCCAUCAGCGGCAAUGGAGAGAGCAACAUAACAAUGGUCAACUGUGACAUUAUAGUAGGCUUUACGGGCAAGCCUGUGCAGAAGGAUGGCGAGACCUAUAUGGAGGCAACCAAUCUGAAGUUUUCGACCAAGCCGGAGCGUUUGUAUUACCACUUCAGCAAUCUGUUCAAUGGAGAUAAGGCCUUGGGAGAUAACAUGAAUGCGUUCCUCAACGAUAACUGGGAAGCAAUAUUUUUUGAGGUGCAGCAGUCGAUGCAAUCGGCAUUUGCCGAAAUAUUCCAAACGAUUAUCUCAAAUGUUUUCUCAAAGUAUCCCUACGCCAAGUUCUUUGAGGAGUAAAGCUGUAUUGUAUGUAUUAAAAUAAAUUACAAAAAAAAAAAAAAACAACAACAACAAAAAAACACACACACACAUAUACAUAUAUACAUAUUUCACAGGAGCAUUUAAAUAAUAGUAGUUGCCAUAUAAUUGACCAAGUUAAUGGCACUAGAUAAAUACCAGGUGGCGGUAUGCCAAUUAAUCAAUUACAAUUAUCAGCCUGAAUACAUGCAAAUGUAUAUUAUACACACGCACAGCUAUCCGAUUUAAUUGUUAAACAAGAAUAAUAUGUUUACAAAUAAAAUAAACACUUGGAUUUUUCUUAAGUAUUUAAGAUUAAUAAAACAGUGAUUCAUUACACAUGGAA